GGGUUGGCCUCCCUGCUGAGGGAGGGAGGGAGGGAGGCGGCGGCUGAGGCUGGAGGCGGAGGCGGAGGCGGCUGUGGGAGAUGUGGGGCUUUGAAGGAGAUUGAGCCCGUUCCCUCCUCCCCCAUAUACCGGACACCGGCGCUGUGGACAUAGGCUCGCCCUGGUUCCUCGCCCCCGGGGCUGAGGCGGAGACCCGGGCAGGCUGUCCCGCUUGGGCUCGGGCCCCGGCGCCGGCGCCGGCCAGGCCCAACCGCUGGGAACGGAACGGAGCGGAGCUGAGGAGGCCGAGUCGGUAGUGAAAAGAGAAAACUGAAGGACAGACUCUCAAGAUGAGCAAAAAGCCCCCAAAUCGUCCUGGAAUCACUUUUGAGAUUGGUGCUCGUUUGGAGGCACUGGACUACUUACAAAAAUGGUACCCAUCAAGAAUUGAAAAAAUAGACUAUGAGGAGGGUAAGAUGUUGGUCCAUUUUGAACGUUGGAGUCAUCGUUAUGAUGAGUGGAUAUACUGGGAUAGCAAUAGAUUGCGACCGUUGGAAAGACCAGCACUAAGAAAAGAAGGACUGAAAGAUGAGGAAGAAUUUUUUGACUUUAAAGCUGGAGAAGAAGUUCUGGCCCGUUGGACAGACUGUCGAUAUUACCCUGCCAAGAUUGAAGCAAUUAACAAAGAAGGAACAUUUACAGUACAAUUCUAUGAUGGAGUUAUUCGAUGUUUAAAAAGGAUGCACAUUAAAGCCAUGCCAGAGGAUGCCAAAGGGCAGGUGAAAUCCCAGCAUCCACUAAGCUGGUGUUGUCCUAUCGACCCAGCUGGAGCGUGGAACCAGUCUGUGGGAAGUCAGGAUUGGAUAGCUUUAGUGAAAGCGGCUGCUGCUGCAGCAGCCAAGAACAAAACAGGGAGUAAGCCUCGAACCAGUGCAAACAGCAAUAAAGAUAAAGAAGAAAGAAAAUGGUUUAAAAUAUCUUCAAAGAAGGAAGAAACAUCAACCUCUACAGCCAUACAAGAAGUUGAGAAAAAGGAAGAACUGCCAACAUCAAGUGAAACUUUUGGACUCCACGUAGAGACUGUUCCAAAGAUGGUCUUUCCACAGCCAGAGAGCGCAUUAUCACACAAGAGAAAAAGUAAUCAAGGCAACUCUUUUCAGGCAAAGAGAGCUCGUCUUAACAAGAUUACUGGUUUGUUGGCAUCCAAAGCUGUUGGGGUGGAUGGUGCUGAAAAAAAAGAAGACUGCUGCAGUGAAACGGCUCCAAUGCUGGAGCAGGAGAUUUCACCUAAACCUCAAAGUCAGAAAAAAAAUGAAGCUGACAUUAGCAGUUCUGCCAACACUCAGAAACCUGCACUGUUAUCCUCAACUUUGUCUUCAGGGAAGGCUCGCAGCAAGAAAUGCAAACAUGAAUCUGGAGAUUCUUCUGGGUGUAUUAAACCCCCUAAAUCGCCACUUUCCCCAGAGUUAAUACAAGUCGAGGAUUUGACGAUUGUAUCUCAGCUUCCUUCUUCAGUGAUUAAUAAAACUAGUCCAUCACAACCCGUGAAUCCCCCUAGACCUUCCAAACAUAGUGAGCGAAGAAGAAGAUCACAGCGUUUAGCCACUUUGCCGUUGCCUGAUGAUUCUGUAGAAAAGGUUUCUUCUCCCUCUCCAAUCACUGAUGGAAAAGUGUUCUCCAUCAGUUCUCAAAAUCAACAAGAGCCAUCAGUGCCUGAGGUACCUGAUGUUGCUCAUGUGUCACUUGAGAAGCUUGGACCCUCUCUCCCUCUUGACUUAAGCCGUAGUUCGGAGGUUACAGCACCCGUAACCACAGAAUCCUCUUUUAAUGAGUACCCCAGUACAGAAAAGGAAGAUAUACAGAUGAUUUCAUAUCAUUCUUCCAAAGCAGUAACUGAUGGAAGAGUAGCUUCAACAGUGUCAGGAGUAUUGAAAACAGAAAAAAAAGUGAAAUUGGAAGAGAAAAGUUCAACGACAUUUGGUAAGAAGAAAGAAAAGGAUAAAGAGAGAAAGGAGAAAAGAGAUAAAGAUCAUUUCAGACCAAAACAAAAGAAGAAGAAGAAGAAGAAAAAGAAAUCCAAACAGCAUGACUAUUCAGACUAUGAAGACAGUUCUCUAGAAUUUUUGGAAAGGUGCUCCUCUCCACUCACUCGGUCCUCCGGGAGUUCUCUGGCUCUGCGAAGCAUGUUCAUGGAGAAAAAUACGUCAUAUCAAUAUCCAAGAGCUAUUUUAUCUGUUGAUCUUAGUGGAGAAAACUUGUCAGAUGUAGAGUUCUUGGAUGACUCUUCAACUGAAAGUUUGCUUCUGAGUGGGGAUGAGUACAAUCAGGACUUUGAUUCAACCAAUUUUGAAGAGUCUCAAGAUGAAGAUGAUGCCAUUAAUGAAAUUGUCAGGUGUAUUUGUGAAAUGGAUGAGGAGAAUGGCUUUAUGAUUCAGUGUGAAGAGUGCCUGUGUUGGCAGCACAGUGUCUGCAUGGGCCUGCUGGAAGACAGCAUCCCAGAGCAGUACAUCUGUUAUAUUUGCAGGGAUCCACCAGGUCAGAGAUGGAGUGCAAAAUAUCUUUAUGAUAAGGAAUGGUUGAACAAUGGGCGAAUGUGUGGGUUAUCAUUUUUAAAGGAAAAUUACUCUCAUCUCAAUUCCAAAAAGAUUGUUUCAACACAUCAUCUGCUUGCUGAUGUAUAUGGUGUAACAGAAGUACUACAUGGGUUACAACUGAAGAUUGGAAUUCUAAAGAACAAGCAUCAUCCUGACCUUCAUCUCUGGGCCUGUUCAGGGAAGCGGAAAGACCAAGAUCAAAUAGGUGUUGGGGUAGAGAAAAAAAUGACAGUGCAAGACACUCAUAAUCUAGAAGAACGGACUUGUUCUGCUCAGAAUCAUAAAGAGACUCCUAGCUUGCCCAGGAAAAUGGAAGGAACAUAUAUUACCAGUGAGCACAGCUACCAGAAACCACAAAAUUUUGGUCAGGAUUGUAAAUCUGCUGAUCCUGUGAGCUCUGAUGAUGAUGUUAGUAGUUUUGAAGAGGAACAAGAAUUUCAUACAGAAGAUACACACUGUUUACAAUUUUCCAUAAAAGAAGAUGGUAUGAGUGAACAGAACUCAGCAGAAGGGAAUACAUUAUUCAUCUAUAAUGAAAAAAGAAAUACAGAAGAAAAAGGAGACUCUCAUCUUCAGUGGCAACUCAACCUUCUCACACAUAUAGAGAAUGUCCAAAAUGAAGUCACUAGCAGGAUGGACCUAAUUGAAAAAGAAGUUGAUGUUCUGGAAAGCUGGCUUGAUUUCACAGGAGAGUUGGAGCCACCAGAUCCUCUUACAAGAUUGCCACAGCUUAAGCGCCAUAUAAAACAGCUCUUAAUUGAUAUGGGGAAAGUACAGCAAAUAGCAACUCUUUGUUCAGUAUGACAAAAGGGAAGAAACAAGAAAAAGAACAUGAUUAUCUACAGCAAAAUUUGUUUUUAUUAUUUGCCAGACUGACAAUGGAUAGUUGAAAGCUUAGUAACUUUUCACUAAGUUUUAUAACUAGAAUUUGUAACAUCAAUAUGAUGGAGCCUUGGAGAAGAAUAUGGUGACUAGUCCUGUCAAGAAGGUCAAUAUCUAAAAAUAUCAAAGUAUUUCCUGUGCAAGCUGCAAAUGGUAAUUAUAUGUACUGAGGCUUGGCGAUAUGGAAUAUGAUCAAUACUAAGUAAAACUAGUUGACUGGAUUGUUCAGAACUCAUUUACCUGAACCUCAAGAUAUCCAUAAAAACAAUAUUUUUUUAAAGUUUUAGUAGAAAGAUACAAAUUUGCAAACUAAUAUUUUACCCACAACAGCACUCUAGAAAAAAAGUCAAAAUUCUUGAAGAGUUCUACUCUAUUGCUAAUGUGACACAGAUCCAAAAAGAAUUGUGUGAUUUAUUCAGCCACACAAAAGUUUUGGGUCUAUGAAUUCAUACAGGAUCAUGAACUGUUUUCCUGAGUGAUUAAUCUAAUUAGUCAUUUAAAACAACACAAGCUUCACUUCUGGGCCCAUAUAGCAGGGUGGGGCUAGGGGAACAGCAAGAAAUUGUGGAAUACUUGUUUUUCCAAAUGAUACAUUUUUUAAAAAAAAUUAAUGGAAAUCCUCAUUGUAGUCAGUCUCUAAAAAAAUGAGAAGUAUAUAGUGGUAAAAUGUGCCAAAUCAUGAUAAUACCACUGGAAUGAGAGUUUGAGACUUAGGAAUUUUGUUUCCCCAAAAUCUAAGUGCUAGCAGUCCAUCUAAAUGCUUCUGUAUCUCCACACACACACACACACACACACACACACACACACACACACACACACAAUGUCUUUUAUGUAUGUGCAUAUAUAUAUAUGUGUGUAUACUUGUGCACGUGCAUGCAUAUGUGCCCGUGCAUACAUGUGGGUACAUGUUACAUCAAUUUCACAUGUGUGUGCAUAUGCACAUGUGUAUAUACAUGCACACACAUACUUCUGUUGCAGUAUUCAGGGUUCAAACUAUUAUUUUGGUCCUGAGUUGGUAUGUUUGGUGUUAACCCUUAGAAACAAACUGAAUGACCUCAGCUGGGAUGAGGAACAAUGAGAGCAUUAAACCAGUUUGUGGCUGUGGCUUGCUAAAUAGCUAGAUAAAAUAUGGGGGCAAUUUGGUAAUUGAAAGUUGUUUUUAUUUAAAAACUUUUAAGUUUUGGUCACAAAUGGACAAACUUCAGAAACCAAAGGCAACUUAGUUGCCAUUUAGCUCUUGCUGGAUUUUGAGCCUAGGUCCACUAUGUGCCAGUGCUCGUACACGUUGUUUGCUGCACCCAGUGCUACAUAUACAUGUAUGUGUGCCUGUGUAUGCUUGUUUUUAAACAUACACUCACAUACAUAUGUACAUAACCUAUACAUAUUUAUAUCUACACAUGUCUAGUUUUAUUACCAUAGACUAUAAGAAUUGAUGGUUAACAUUAAAUGUUGCCUUUUAACAGAAAGUUUCUAAAAAUUAAAAAUGUAUGUACAGGUUUUGAAAUUUGUAAAAAAAAAAAAUUUAAAAAGACUGUUAAAGGGAGGCUGUUUAACUAAUGCUAUUAAGAUACUUGAACAUUUUAUGCCUCACUACUGUUUAUCAGUUCUAGUGAUCUGUAUAAAUGCAUUUUGGAACCGAUAGAUGGUCAACUUGAAUUUACCUUUGAAAAGAGUACACACCACUGUACAUUCAAAAUUUAUUUAAAUUUGCAAACACACUGUUCUAUAUGUAAGGUACUGUAUGUAAAACUCUUUAUUAAAACUAUGCCACAUAUUCUCCAUU